GAAUAGGAGGGUAAGCCGAAUUCACGAAUGAGGGCGAGUCAUUUCGUAAACAAGGCUGAGAGGAAGCCACCAUACAUCAGAAUUUAGUACUGGUAUUUUCUUCAAAGUAAGACAUGUGGCAGAUUCGGUAACUUCUAAAAGGACCAUUCGUCUAGAAUAAAAGAGGUGUUCCAGGAUGCCAUCCCCAAGAGAGAAACAUCAUGGAGGUGACACUUCAUCAGGCAAAGGGUUGGAUUCAGGCAAGCCUGGAAGUGAGAACAAGAACUCACAAGGAAGCCCACCUAGAAGCCCAGCUAGCACCGGUUCUCUUAUAUCAGAUGACACAUGUCCCAUCUGCCUGGGCAACAUCACUGACAAGUGUAUGGCAAACUCUUGUCAUCACUGUUUUUGUUUGGUGUGCCUCAAGGAAUGGUCAAAGCAAAAGGCAGUGUGUCCAUUGUGUAAAGAACGCUUCACCAAAAUCAUUUAUGAUAUCAGGUCUGAUACAGAGUUCAAGGAAUGGAAAGUACCUAGGUUUGAGCAACAUCAUCCCAUUACCAACUUCCAUUCAUUUUUUGUCCCUGACAGAAGAUUCUUCGGUUAUAGAACAACAAAUUUUCCAGGAGCAGCUACUUUACGCCGUCAGCAUCCAGGAAACACAACAUCCAUUGUUGAUGCCAUCCCUCCAGGUCCUCGAGAACACACCUCAGCUUCAUAUAAUUUGCGAGGCUCCUCUUUCUUUCGACUUAAUAUUUACCUUAAUAAUGAAUGGGUCCAGCCCAUUGCAGAUAUAACUGGAAGAUAUAGACAGAGCUCACCACAGCUUUAUCAAGAGCAGCCAGCUCUUACCCAUCGUCUUGUACCGUGGGUUAAUAGAGAGCUGGCUGCACUCUUACAUUCUGCCAGAAUUGGGGUAGUACUGGCAGAGGUUAUGGAUCUCAUUGAGAGAUACCCCAUUAAUUCUCGUGAGUUUCGACGGGCUGUACGGCCACACCUUGGUAGUCGCACUAGGCAUUUUGUCCAUGAAUUUUACAAUUUUGCUCGAUCUCCAUAUGACAUGGUAGGCCAUGAUAAUGCUGCUCGUUAUGUGACACGGUAUGGUUUUGAUGAUGAGAGCAGCAGUGAAAGUAGUAGCUCUGAAGACAGUGAUGCAGUAGUAGAAGUUGAUGUGCAAGGGAAUCCUGUUACUUCUACCACUAGUAGGGCACAACAAGGUUCUGCAGUUGCACCAGACACUGUUGAGAGGGAAGAAACCCUCACUCAAGAAGGAUCUGUAUUGAUUAGCAGUGAUGAAAGUUCCACAGAAGAAAUCCCACAGCAAUCAAAUUUGUUUAUGCAGUCACAUUUCAGUGAAAAUCGUAACCCAGACCCUCCUGUGUCAUCUUCCUACAUGAUGAAUCAGCUAGUAGGACGUGCAAGGAGUUUCCUUAACUCGAUCAAUGAAGGUGCUUCUACAUCAGUAGCUGAAGAUGCAACAACCAGAAGUAAUGUGAGAAAGACAUUGAAGAGAGAAGUUCCAUCAGAUAGUGAUGAUUCAGAUGCUUGCAUCAUUGUUGAAGAAGUGAAUAAGAGACAGCAAACUCCAGAGAUCAUCACUUUAGACAGCGAAGAAGAAAAAUCCAUGCCAUCCUUUCCUAUGAAUGGGAAGCAGUUUGAAAAGAAAUAUGGCCAUAACUCAAGAAAUGAUGGUGGGAGUUCUCAUCAACAAAGGAAAGGUAAAAAGAAACCUAGUUUAAACCGAACAAACUUUCCCAUUUUUCUUUCACAGUCUAGUGCUACUGCCUGUUCCAGGAUGUCGAUUAGAGAUCAUAGCUAUUGUAAUGUGCAAGAGGCCGCAGCAUUUACUUGUAAUGUCAGGCAAAGAGUUGAUCAGUCUCCCUCAUCAGAAGGUACAUUGCAUAACUACAACGCUAUAAAAACUGUGCAAAAGGACACCCAUAAAGGAUUUAUUAUAUCUUCAGACAGUGAAACCAGUGUUCAGACCCAACAAAGGAAAAAAAUUAGGCAUAAAGAAAAGUCUAAAACUAGAAAGACUGUUGGUGCACAGAAGAAUGAGGAAGUAAGAAGAGGAGAUGGUUGUGGCUCAAGUUCCUGGCAUGAUACAAAUUCACCAGCAAGGGAAAAGUUUUCACCUAUAAGAAAAAGAAGGAAGGACCACAAAUCCAAAGUAAAAAGCUCAUCACAGUCACACCUUUGGACAUCUCACAAGAAGCAUAGUUGUAACCGCCUCUAUGUUUCUGAAACUUCAAGUAACAGUUGGUGUAAUUCAGAUAAUGUGUGGACACCUCCAUCUUCCAGUACGACAGAGAGAAGUUCCUCCAGAGAUGGUCAUGAUGGGCAAGAUGGAUCCUCAAGUGAAUGCUCUUCAGUUGCAAGGAAAUUUCAUCACAAGGGAAAGAAAGGUGAUCAUAGUAAUUCAAAAUCAAAGUAUUUCAGUAAGAGAGGUAAACAUAAGAAAAAGGAUAAGCAUAAAGAGAAAAGUAAAAAAGUUAAAAAAGGAAAACAUAAGAAAAAAUGUAAGUCAAAAAGGACUACCUGUAGCUCAAGCUCAGAUUCGGAUUCUGUGUCAGAUUCAUCAGAAGAGAAGAUUAUCAGACAUAAAAAGAAAAGGAGGAGAAUCAAAGAGUCUAGCUCAAGUUUACCCCCAUCUGACCUGAGAAAUAAAAGUAGGAGAAUCAGGUGCACUUGUUCUGACUGAAGAAAACAUGUAUAAUCAUUCCUUUUUUUGUCUUCUCACUUGAUAACCAUUUGUGGAAGAGAGAGUACAGCAUUAUAAGCCAACAUGGUGAUCAGAGUGUGUAAAUCUAAUGUUUGGUAUUAAUAUAUCUUUUGUAUGCAGAGGUAUGUUCACAUUCACCAUGUGAUGUAAGUGAAAUCUUAGAUUUUAAGAUUACCUGAGCAAUCUGUAAAUACAAUGUAAAUUAAGUGGUACUUCUCUGCAGCUGUGCUGAAAAAAAAAAGUUGAAAGUGACAAUGCUUCCAUUUGUUAUAGAAUUGUCAUGCUUUAAUGAGGUGAGAUAUACAAAUGCAUUUAUCCACUUUUCACUCGGAAAAACAACCAAUAUCUUAGUUUGUGCUAUUCUGUGUUGGUGUGUCACCAUUGUUUAAGUGUUUUUCCUAUACUGAGGUUAUUCAAACAAUAUCUAGAGCUUUAUACCUAAAAAUGAAUAUAUUUUAUUCUUGGAUAUCCAAAUUAGAGUUAAAAAGUGUAGAUUGUGGGAGAAGUUAAAGCACUGCAACACAGAAACACAUUACACAUCUCUACAUACUUUACAUGACUGUUACAAUGUAUAAACAAAAAUUUUAUGCUAAGCCUCAUUUGUUUAUCUUGCUAAUAAAUAUUUCACAAGUU